UUGUUUAAUUUGCUUAGGAACUAGGAAAUUAUAAAAAAUGCAUAAUAAUGGUUUACAAUAGGUAGGUAGGUAAUAUUAUUUUUUUCAAUAAAAAUAUCUCCAUAGAGAUACAAAAAUUAUUUAAUGACUGAUCAAUUUACGUAAAUAACUAACUUAAGGAAUAAAUUAAAAAAAUAAAAAUAAUGGUAGAUAUAUUGAAACGUGAAAAAGAGUUUCAAAAGUUAAAUGAGGAACUAGAUAAAAAAACAAAAUCAAUAAUUGAAAAGUCUUCGAAUUUAUCAUCGAAUAAUAUUAAAACCCCCAAACCAAAGAUAAUAAAUAACGGAAGAGAAAAUCGUGAAAUUCCGGAAAAAGAUGACACAAGUAUUAAAUUUCAUAAGUCAAAUACCAUUCCGAAAAGAUUUCGAGAUAUAUUAACUAAUAGGAAAGCUAAGACUGUUUUGGAAGUGAGUGAAAAAUCAGUUCAAAUAUCUGAAAAUGAGUUUUCAAAUGGAAUUUUGCAAACGGGACCCAGUUCUGAAGGUAACGAUGAUGCGUCACUGGAAAAAAUCAAGUCAGAAAUUAUUUUUAUAGAAGAAAAAGAAUCUAACAUUGAUGAAAAUAUUGAACUCUCAGAAAAAAAUGGAAAAAAAGUUGUAAAAGCACACACAGUUCCAAAAAGAUUGAGAGAUUCUUUGACGAUCCGCAAAGUGAAAGAAAGUAAGGCACAUAAAUUAAGAGUAGAUAGUGUGACUUCCGAAAAAUGUGCACAAAACGAAAUUGAUUUAGAAAAGAAACUAAAUGAAAGACCAAUCGAAAUAAAUCAAACUUUUGAAUCUACACAUUCUUAUCCUAUUCAGUUAAACCAAAACGUAGAAACGGAAUCAACUUCAACAAAAACUUCAAAAAAAUGCAGUGCGAAUACUGAUAUUACAGCAAAAAAGACUUUGAGCAAUGAAGGUUUAGUAAAGUAUUUGAAAUCGAAGGUCUCAAUAUUAGAGGUAGAACUGUUAAAUACAAAAAAUGAAAUUACUAAACAAACAAAGGAUUUGGAACGUAGCUAUGAAAUGCAACAAAAAUUGGAAACACAACGCGAUAAUGCUUUUUCAAAAAAUAACUUUUUAACAGAUCAGGUGGAAAAGUUCAAUGAAAAAUUAAUUAAAUAUGAAAAGAAAUUGAAAACUUCUGAUUCUGAAAUUGAUCAAUACAAACGUAACAUAGAAAUUUCAAAACGUGAAAUUAAAGUGUUGAAUCAAACUAAUAAAAAUCUGGAAAAACGCUUAUACAGAGCUAAUGAAGAGAUUGAAAAAUUUAAAACUCAAAUAGACUCAAUUAAAAACAAUGAACGCAAUAAUUUGGAAACGUAUCGGUUAGAGCAAGAAAAGUUAGAGAAGCAAGUUAAAGAUUUAAAACGACAGCGGAAUGAAUUCUUGAACGCUUAUAAAAAACAGCUGUUUUUGAUUGAUAAUCUAAAAAGGCAAAACACUUGCAUAGAACAAUGUCAAAUUAUUUGCCUUGGGGAGAAACAAUUUUCAAAAAUAUUAGAUUUACACAGAGAAUAAAUGGAUUUCAUGCACAUAAAAUUUGUUG